AUGUCUGCCAUUCCAGGUGUCACACAACCUCCCUACCCGCUCCAUGAGUCUGUCCGAGAUCUGCUGGAUCCCGAAUACGUCAAUUUCUAUGACCAGCAUGUGAUCGACAAGCAACAAGUACAUCUGCAGCCCGUUGCAGCAUCCCGAACCAGCGGUGUUCUCAUCCCAGGCGCGGGUCCGAUGCUGGAGGUUGGGAAGACUCAGGAUAUCACUAUCACGCGUCGUGAGACUCAGGGACCUCCAGUUGAAGUCCGCUGUUUUACCCCCAAGGGCGAAGUACCAGCCGGAGGAUGGCCAGUCAUGCUGUAUUUCCACGGCGGUGGUUGGGUCCUUGGCAACAUUGACACUGAAAACGUGGUGUGCUCUAACCUUUGCGUGCGUGGUAAUUGCGUGGUGGUGACGGUUGAUUACCGUCUCGCCCCCGAAAACCCAUGGCCAGCUGCCGUUCACGAUUGCUGGGAGGCCCUGUUGUGGUUGAAGGCGGAGGGAACCGCCGCGCUGUCAAUUGACACGUCCAGACUCGCGACGGGCGGGUCUUCGGCUGGUGGAAACUUGGCCGCCAUCAUGACCCACAAGGCAUUGACCCUCUCACCCCCAGUCCACUUCUCCGCUCAGUUACUCUCGGUCCCUGUCACGGACAACACUGCCACAGUGGAGAACAAUGAGUCCUACCGCCGAUACGAACAUACCCCCGCUCUACCAUCCCGGAAAAUGAUUUGGUACCGCGACCAUUACCUCCCCAACGAAGCCGAUCGCACCAACCCCGAGGCCAGUCCCCUAUUUUAUGCCACUGGCGGUAGCUGGUCUCAGCUUCCCCCUGCCCUGGUAAUGGUGGGCGAGUUGGACGUGUUGCGGACCGAGGGCGAGCAGUAUGCCGAGAAGCUUCAAAAUGCAGGCGUGGCGGUGGAUUUGCAGGUGAUGAAGGGCAUGCCUCAUCCAUUCUUGGCCAUGGAUGGUGCACUCUCCGAGGGGAAAAGAUGCAUCACACUGAUGUGUGAUGCCUUGCAAAAGGCAUUCUGGGUCUAG